AUGGCACUUACUGAGGAGUGUAGUUCUAGAGUGAGGAGCAAGGUUCCACCGAACCUGAAAGAUCCGGGUAGUUUUACUAUUUCUAUCACUAUUGGUAAUAUCGAGGUUGGACUGGCAUUGUGGGAUUUGGGUGCUAGUAUUAAUCUGAUGUCCACCUCUGUGUUCCGAACAUUGGGGUCAGGUGAGCCAAGGCCAACAACAGUCACUUUUCAAUUAGCUGACAGUUCUUUUGCAUAUCCUGAUGGUAUAAUUCAAGAUGUUUUUAUGAAGGUGGGUCCUUUUAUUCUGCCGUUUGAUUUUGUUAUCCUUGAUUACGAAGCAGAUAAAAUGUCCCUCUCAUCAUGGGAAGAGGAUUCUUAG